GUCCCAUUGUAAUGUGGACUCUGGAAGCAGUGGUGAGAACGAUCGAAUAUCACUGCACUAACAUUUAACUCAACUGGCCCAAGCUCCCUCGGGAACAGAAGCCGACUGGACUUUGACUUGGUGGAAAUCUCCGCUUCCUCUCUCCUCAGUGCCAAGACUUGCUGCAUGGGUCGUCCUUACGUCGUGCCUGCUUUUACGCCCCGCAGUCCAGUCCACUCUUUUUCUGCAAGUCGCAUUCAGUUUGUUUACAAUCCCAUUCCUUCCCUUCCUCGGAACAAACCACCGUUCAACAACCAAAAAAAACUCCAAGGUAACGGAACAACUGCCGCUCAUCCACCACCUCGUCCUCGAAUCAACCUUUUACAUAACAUAUCUACCUCGCUUGUCUUGUCUUCGCAACACUUGCGCCAAACAACAACCACAACCGCCAGAAAUGCGCUCCCAAGCUCUCCAGGCUGCCUGCCGGCCUCUGCGCUCGCCCUCUUCCACCAUCCAGACCCUCGUCGCCUUCCAGUCGCGACCCAUUACAACUUCCAGACCCAAAUCCGCAACCAGCACAUACACGCCCAAGCAGUACACUCCCUCUUCUACCGGCAGGAAACCCAUGACCUCGUCCGCUUCUUCUUCUUCUUCUUCGUCUGCCGGCGCCAACAAGCCCUCUAUCAACACCCCCUCCGCAAAGCCCUACGCCCCUUCUGCUGCGCAACAGCAACAGCAAGCUUCCGCCGCCAUCGACAUCGAAGAAACGCCCAUCCCCGUCGUCCUCGACCCGCAAGCGGCUCAAGUCCCCGGCGCCACCAUCGAAGACGUCGACCCCGAGCUCGCGGCGCAAAUACCUACUCCCAGCAAUGGUGCCGGCAAGAAGAGCAACGGCCCCUCGCGCGCCUUCACUGCCGCUUUGACAGGCAACGGCAACGGUGCCAACGACAACGGAAAUGGUGGCGCGGCCCAGCAGACGAUCGACUGGUCUUCGUCCUACCAUGGCUUGUCGACGGAGGCGUUCAGCCCGGAGGUGGCCAAGAUUUUGAUGCAGCCGCUAGACCCGCUGGAUGUGGAGGUUAAGCCCGAUGGAAUUAUCUACCUGCCGGAGAUCAAGUACCGGAGGAUUUUGAACCAGGCGUUUGGGCCGGGCGGUUGGGGGUUGGCGCCGAGGGGGGAGUUGGUGGUGGGGGAGAAGGUGGUGACGAGGGAGUAUGCUUUGAUCGUUGGUGGUCGCUUCGUUGCCCAAGCCCGCGGAGAAUGCCAGUACUUCUCGGAGGAGACAAUUCCCACGGCCGGAGAGGGUUGCAAGUCCAAUGCUCUGCUAAGAUGCUGCAAGGACCUGGGUAUUGCGUCAGAGUUGUGGGAUCCUCGCUUCAUUCGCGAGUUCAAGAAGAAGUAUGCGCAUGAGAUCUGGGUCGAGCAUGUGGUCAACAAGAAGCGCCGGCAGGUGUGGUGCCGCAAGGAUGCGGAUCCUUGGUAUCCUUACCAGGCUGUUAAAAAGUAA